AUGGCUACAAACAGGUACAUUUGCGAAGUAUGCCACAAAGGAUUCCAGAGAGAUCAGAAUCUGCAACUACACAGGAGAGGCCACAACCUGCCUUGGAAGUUAAAGCAAAGGCCUACCACUCAAGUGAAGAAGAGAGUGUAUGUUUGCCCUGAGCCCAGUUGUGUGCAUCACGACCCUAGCCGAGCUCUUGGGGACCUGACUGGCAUCAAGAAGCAUUUCUGCAGGAAGCAUGGAGAGAAGAAAUGGAAAUGCGACAAGUGUUCCAAGCGUUAUGCCGUCCAAUCUGACUGGAAGGCGCAUUCCAAAAUCUGUGGAACUCGCGAAUACCGAUGUGAUUGUGGAACCAUCUUCUCAAGGAAGGAUAGUUUUGUGACUCACAGAGCCUUCUGUGAUGCAUUGAUCGAAGAGAACAACAAAAUGAAUCAGACUCUGCAGGCUGCAGUAGCCACGGCAGGAUUAUUGCAAAACCAUGCCCAGGAGCUGUUUCCUUCGGCAAUGCCAAUGCCUGAUUCCAACAACCCCCUCAUGAAUCUGUCGAUUUCUCAAGCCAGCAUGGAUAACUCGGCGCUGAAGCCUUCAUCUCUGAGUUCACACGGGCUAUUGGGUUCAUCAAACAACGUGCAGGAUCCAAUUUUCAAUCCAGGCGGUACAGGAAGCGGUGGUAGUUUCAAAGGCAAUCCUACUCUACAGAUGGGAUCAGCCUUCAGUUCUGCCACAGCUUUGUUGCAGAAAGCAGCAGAAAUGGGCUCCAAAAUCAGCGACAACUCAAUUGCUCCAAUCAUCCUAAGAGGAUUUACAGGGUACAACUCUUCUAGCAGCAUGAAUUCUUCAAACUCAGUUCAGGAAGUUCCAAGUCACGGGGGGCAAAGUUCAUACAUGGGAAAUCUAGAAGCAUAUGAUAAAUCUAUGGAUGCAUCAUCUCAAAGAAUGAGCAACUUCCAAGCAGGCCUUUAUGACCCUUCUUCCUUCUUGAUGCAACCGUCUUCCAAUGGGAACCAUUUGGGAAGAGAAAUGUUCAUGGGCGGAGGCGAGAAACUAACUCUCGACUUCUUAGGUGUAGAGCCCGGGCCCCCAACAGGAGCUGCUGGUCAGCCGAUUUUCGCAAAGAAAAGAAGAUUCGAAGGAGAAAUGAUGGGUUUAGAUUACUCAAAAACACAGCAAAAUCUGCAACAUCUGCACUCUGAAUGGUGA